AUGGACUUCACGGAAGAUGAAGCCGAGUACGAACAAUGGACACAUAUUGAACGGCGCGUGCCAUUCCAGGGGUACCGUACCUAUGUUGCAUCCACAUACAUUGGAUUCAACGUCGUCGGAUUCGCAAUCAACGCGUGGGUAUUGUAUGUGGUGGCUCCUCUCCUGUUCGCUCCAGCCAUAAAAGUACCCAAAAGCAUACUUUUCUACAUUUUCGCUCUAUGUGUUGGGGAUCUAAUGACAAUGAUAGCCAUGUUACUUUUGGUCAUCGAGUUGGUUUUCGGAACAUGGCAAUUCUCAUCGAUGGUAUGCACCAGUUAUCUGAUUUUUGACUCUAUGAAUAAGUUUAUGGCCCCAAUGAUAGUUUUUCUGAUCAGUAGAACUUGUUACUCGACUGUGUGUCUGGAUAAGACGAGAGGAGAGAAAGCGGCUACCUUGAAGUACGCCAUAAUCCAAUUCUGCAUUGCCUUGGCCUGUGUUAUGGUUCUUCUCUGGCCAGUUUUUGCCUAUUCCCAAGUCUUCACCUUCUACAUGAACCCAAAUGCAACUUCCCAGGAAGUAACCGUUAUGAGAAAGUGUGGUUUCUUCCCGCCUCCCCAGAUUGAAUUUUGGUUUAACCUGAUCGCUUGCAUCACUUCCUACGCUGUACCUCUUUUUGGAAUUAUUUACUGGUACGUCUCGGUGCCAUUCUUCCUGAAGCGCAGAGCUCUGACGACAUUGGUUGCCUCCAGCUCAAUGGACGCCGCACUCCGAAAAGUUAUCACUACAGUACUCCUGCUUACAGUAAUCUAUGUCUUAUGCUGGACCCCGUACUGGGUCAGUAUGUUCGCGAAUCGUAUCUGGACCAUGGAAAAGAAGAGCAUUAUCAUAUUCUCCUACUUCAUCCACCUCCUUCCCUAUAUCAGUUGUGUUGCUUAUCCAUUAAUUUUCACAUUGCUCAACAGAGGAAUCCGAUCUGCUCACGCCAAGAUUGUCGCUGAUCAGAGACGCAGAUUCAGAAGCUUGACUGACGAAGCUAGCUCACAGAUUCGAACUGCUAUUAGAACAAUCCCAGGAACGAAAAUGAAGAAACAAGACUUUCUGACGCGAACUGAAGAGAUCUCAUCUGAUAAAGCGGCUUCUGAAGCUAUCUCGGAAUUCCGUGAUGCUCUUCCAUCGCAGACUUCUUUUCCAGAUGAGACGCUUUUAUGA